GGCGGGGCUGCAAUAUGCAAGCGGAAGUGAGCGACCUGUUUCAGAAAUUACUGCUCUGAACCGUUUCUUUAUUCCACGGAUAAACAACGAACAUUUUCUUGGAAUUUGUUUAUUUAUAUAUAGCCAUAUCUGGUAAUAUAAAAACAACAACAACUCACGCGUUGUGUAGAUAUGUGUUAGGUAUAAUGGUUCAGUCCAACUUUACCAUAUCGUGUGAAAUAAUAUGCUAGCAUCUGUAGCGAGGGAACUGUAACGAGAGGGUAAUGUUAAAAAAAAAUAAAGGCAGAGAAAGCAGCGAAGUGGUGAAAAACUACCACAAGCAAGCGUUUGAGUAUAUAUCUAAGGCACUGAGAAUCGACGAAGAUGACACAGGGGAGAAAGAGGAAGCUCUGCAGUGGUACAAGAAGGGCAUUGUUGAACUGGAGAGUGGCAUUGCAGUGACGAUCAUGGGACAAGGAGAGCAAUAUGAGAGAGCCAAGAGACUUCAGGAUAAAAUGAUCACCAAUCUCACCAUGGCUAAAGAUAGGCUCGCUCUUUUAGAGGCCACUAUGGCCUCCAAAGGCACAACUCAAACCCAGAUUACUUCAAAUAAUACCCUGCACCAAACAAAACCUCCUCCUAAAAGUCAGCCAGCGGUUCGAGGGUUGUCCAAAAGCAUCCGGCCCUCCACGGCAGGCAAACCACCUUGCAGAACACCUGAUUUAAAGGUAACGCCACGAGUGGGGAGAGCUCAAAAACCGCCUCAGAAACGGGAUAUAAAACAUUUUAAGAAUGUGGACAGCAAACUGGCUAACUUGAUCCUGAAUGAAAUUGUUGACACUGGGAUAUCUGUUACAUUCAACGAUAUUGCUGGCCAGGAUCUGGCCAAGCAAGCACUCCAGGAGAUUGUCAUCCUUCCUGCCUUACGACCGGAGCUCUUCACUGGUUUGAGAGCUCCAGCACGAGGUUUGCUCUUAUUUGGUCCACCUGGAAAUGGGAAAACAAUGCUGGCCAAAGCUGUAGCAGCAGAGUCGAAUGCCACUUUUUUCAACAUCAGUGCUGCCAGUUUGACUUCCAAAUAUGUGGGAGAGAGUGAGAAGCUUGUCCGAGCAUUAUUUGCAGCUGCCAGAGAAUUACAGCCCUCUGUCAUCUUUAUUGAUGAAGUUGACAGUUUGCUUUGUGAAAGGAGGGAAGGAGAACAGGAGUUUUCACGUCGUUUAAAAACAGAGUUCCUCGUCGAGUUUGAUGGGGUGCAGUCUGGAGCAGAUGACAGGGUGCUUGUCAUGGGAGCCACCAACAGACCUCAGGAGCUUGAUGAAGCAGUACUAAGGCGCUUUGCCAAAAGGGUCUACGUGGCAUUGCCUGAUGAGAAGACAAGGGCCUCACUUAUGGAGCAUCUUUUAGCGAAGCAUGGGAGUCCGCUGUGCAAAAAUGAGUUGAUCGCUCUUGCAAAAGCGACUGCAGGAUAUUCAGGAAGUGAUCUGACAUCAUUAGCGAAGGACGCUGCACUUGGGCCAAUUAGAGAAUUGGGACCUGACCAAGUCCGGCACAUGGCUGCAAAUCAGAUGAGAAACAUCAAGAUGAAAGACUUUGAGGAUUCCCUAAAGCGCAUCAAGCCCAGCGUUAGCCCAGCGACUCUCAAUAUGUACACCCAAUGGAACAAGAAUUUUGGUGACACAACUGCUUUUUGAUUGUAAUUCAGCUGUAUAGCAAAUAUAAAGUUGACACUCCUGUAGAGGCACAACACAUCCUAGCUUUGUUGACAAGCAUGUAUAGGUCUCCUAUAGAAAUAUUUAGGAUUUUGAUUUACUGUUUGAAUUUCCUGUUUUAUGAGGAACAUAACUGGAUGGUGCAAUUUGUAUUAUGAGUUUCAUUAUAUUUGAUACACUCUGCAGCACUUUUGUUGUACUGUAUAUUAUUUUAUCUCAGAAAUGUCCUCUGAUUUUUGAAGUUUUUUUUCUGCCACCAGAGGGCAGCACAGUGUUGCAAAGCCUUGAGUUAGCCCCGAUUAGAGUAACUUACAUGAUGUUUCACUUUCAUUAAAUAUAACACACCAAGUGAUUGGAAAAUGUACCCAAAACAGUAGUUAAAGUGUGGGAAAAGGGGAAAGAAGUUGUAAACCCAAUGACCUUUUGCCUUCUAUAAUAUUUUCAUCUGAAUAACACUUUUUACAAUUAAUAUUUCAAAGAACUUUACACUCUAGUCUACACUAACACCUUUUAAUGAUUGCAUCUGUAUGAGUCUGCGAUUCAGUUUUGCAGACACAAGCGGAUGCUUAUGUUUUUGUAGCUUCUCUACAACUCUGGUCUGUAUCUGCAUCUGGAAUCUACAGGUUUUACAAGCAGUUGGACAUGUGUGGAAUGCUGUGAAAACAACAAAUAAAUAUCCUCUUUUACAAUAUUGA